AUGCAGUCAGCUUCCGCAGUGUCCUGUCUAGUUACCACGACGAGAGGCCUUGUCACGGAAGCCGCGCCGCGCGGAGCAAAGUCGCCCGGCCAAGCUUUGCUUGGCAUCCAUCACCAGACAAUAAUCCUGGGCUGUUCUUGUCCUGCUCUUGCACUCUGCGCCCCCGACACGUAUGAUUCUGGCAUCAGCCGCUUCGUUUCGAGGUCGCACGACCGGCGCAAAAGUCGUCUCAUGGUGGCAUACUUGUCCGACAGUGGCCAGAGCCCGCAUGCGAAGCUGUCGUCAUUCGUCCCCUUAUCAUGA